UUCAGUCGAAGCGUCCGAAGUGUAAACAUCGUAUUUCAUAUUUUGUUUUAAAUUGAGUAAAAUCAGUUCUAUUCUUUAAUCGUUUUUUGUUUUUAUGUGUGAAACAGUUGCAUAUAUUCAUUCUAUUCUCACAAUUAAAAUCGAAUUUAUUUAAUUUUUUACUACAAAAAUCAAUGCCAUUGAUUUUCUGUCAAUUGUGAACGAAAAAGAAGAAAUUUAGUUCAGUGUUGUUGUCAUUGUUUACAUCACCGUAUGUGUGAAUGAUCUGAGAAAUUUUGAGGUAGAGAGAAGUCAUACUUUUCGUUGUCAUAAGACAGAGUUUAUCGCAUUGCCAUUGUGUAAACACCAUAUAUCAGCUGGAGUGAAACCGAUUUUUCAGUAGUGUAAAAUUUAACGCCAUCAAAAUAUCCAACAAUUUUUCCAUUUUUGCAUAGAAAACUAAUUGUUUUUAUUGCAACCACCUUUAUUGCAACGAACCACUGAAUUCGGAAGAGAAAUACGCUUACUACACAGUAUACAAAACAUCUGCGAAAAGAAAACAUAUGUACAACUCAACAAAACACAUAAAAACAAACAUCAAAUUUUGCAAGUGUGAAGAAGAACGUAAAGUGAUUAAAAUUUACUUCUGAUUCAAACAAAUAAAAGAGAGUGCAAAGAGAAAGAGACAAAAAAAAACUUAUAUCGUAUUUAUUUGUAACUCUUGUAAGCAUUAAACCCAAUAACAGUCAAACGGACGAAGAGCAACGAAUUAAAAAAACAAAACCAACACACGCAUUAUAUAAAUUAGCGAAAAAAAGCGCACCCAGCACGAAAUCGGUUUUAUAGAGUGUGCGUUAUUUCUUUAUUUGUUUUAGCAAACGCGCGUACGAGUGAAAAACGUUAUAACACAGAAACAUCAUUUCUGUCCAUUCAUUAAAUCAAAGCAACUGCAAGUCACCGAGUUUUCGAACCGCAACUAUUUUAAAUGUGUGAAUCAACUGAAAAGUGUUUGGAACAAAAUGACGGUUUUUCUAUAAACUUUAAUCAGGAUUAUUCAUCUCUGGCUGUGGUUGGACAAUUUGGCUUUCGAUUGUUUACAAUAACAUCAGUUGAGCGUGUGGAAGAGAUAUUUUGCAGUAACAAUGAAGAUACGAAAAUUGCGGAAAGGUUGUUCAGUAGUAGUUUGGUGGCAGUUGUCACCGCGACUGAAACGGAAAAACUUAAGAUAUGGCACUUUAAAAAGGGUACCGAAAUCUGUAACUAUCGCUAUCCAAGCGCCAUAUUAUCGGUGAGAUUGAAUCGAAACCGUUUGGUGGUGUGUUUGCGUGAUAGUAUUUAUGUGCACAAUAUUCGUGAUAUGCGUUUAAUGAAUUCGAUUCGGCACAUUGCACCCAAUGACAGCGGUUUAUGUAGUUUAUCAUUACAAUCUCAUCUUGCGUUUCCCGUUUCAAAUGAAUGCGGUGAAUUGCAAUUAUAUGAUGCCGAAAAUAUGCGUGUUAAAAUCAAAAUAAAAGCGCACGAUUCACCGUUGUCAGCCUUCAAUUUCUCGCCAAACGGACAACUAUUGGCGACGGCAUCGGAAAAAGGUACGGUGAUUCGUGUGUUUUGCGUAAAAAAUGGUCAAAAAGUGCACGAAUUUCGUCGUGGCAUGAAACGAUGUGUACGAAUUGCAUCGCUUAAUUUUAGCGGUUGUUCGAAUUACUUGUGUGUUAGUUCAAACACAGAAACGGUGCAUGUGUUCAAAAUUGAUUUAAAAUUGGUUGAAGAGGUCGAACGACAAAAUUGUAUCAAUAACAAUGACGAAUCGAGUGACGGAAGUAGCAGCGUUGACACAACGUCAAGCGGUGAUUCCGUUGAAUUGAACAGCAACAGCAAUAAUCGCUGGUCGAUGGGCUUCUUUACAAAGUAUUUGCCGAGUCCUGUAAGCGAUGUUCUUACACAAGAUCGGGCAUUCUCAAGUGUUCAACUCAAUCAAGCUGGUUUAAGAUAUCAAUGCGCCAUUGCCAAAUUGGAAAAAGAAUCGAAAUUGUUGGCAGCUUGCGAAGACGGUUUUUUGUACGUAUACGAUUUUGAUGCGAACAAAGGUGGCGACUGUAAAUUGAUACGAGCACACGAUUUACGUAGUCCACUUGAUGGUAUUACAGCAGAUUUCGAUUUUCCAGAGGUGAAUAUGGACGAGAACAACUGUAAUCGAUCAAAAUCACCGGAAAAGAAAUCCAUCACCGCAUCCGUUGGAUCCUAUGCAAGUGUUCUAAAAGGACGCGAAAAGAAUAAAAUGUCAGACUCAGACAAGCGUCGUGAUUUAUUUGAGGCCAUUGAAUAUCCACCAAAAACCAUGUUCGAAGAAGUACAAUUUCCACCGGUGACCUCUGUUCGUGCCGAAUGACGUCGUCAUCGACAUUAAAUACGCACACACACCAAUCAAAAUUAGAUCCAUUCUAUUCAAAAUUGUUGUAUAAAUUAGCAUUAGAGUGUCCGUUAAGUUAUUUGUACUUUGUUCAUUUGAAAGCACGUAACGUGUUUCUAUAUUGAAUAUAUAUUAUUAUUAUUUUUUUCAAAUUUAAUUGACAACUAUUUAUAGAAUGUUCGGAUUUAUUCAUAGUUUUUCGAUUUUAAUUUAUUAUUACAUAAAAUGUUUGAGCAGCAUUUCUCUUAGUUCAAUACAGACGUAAAAAAACAAAUUUCAAACACACACACACACAAUCUAUAACAACUAAAAUACGGUAUUUUGCAGCAAUAUUUUCUUAAAAUUUGUCAAAUUGUAUGUUGCAUUAGUAUUAGCCAAGUUUUGUUCAUAAAAUACGAUUGAUUAAAAUCAGUUUUACAGUUUAUCUUUGAUAAUAAAGAGUUCAAAAAAAAACUAUUAUUGAAAAAACAUGACUCCGCACUUCUUUUUUUAGGUAAAAAAAAAGUAAUUCAAGUGUGUUUAAUCUGUCAAAAAUCCAAUCAAAUAAUUUUAUACUAUUUAUUUGUCAAUUUUAAUGAACAUAUACUCCAGAAAUUAAUAAAUCAUAACAAAAAGUGACUACAAAAAUAUAUAGAUUUAAAAUGUAAAACAAAGACCAGCAUGAACGACACCGUAUUGAAAUAAAUGUACCUCGUCCAUAG